AUGAACUUCUCCGGCAAAUACCAAGUCCAGACCCAGGAGAACUACGAGGCCUUCAUGAAGGCAGUCGGGAUGCCCGAUGACAUCAUCCAGAAGGGGAAGGAUGUCAAGGGGGUGUCGGAAAUCGUGCAGAAUGGGAAGCACUUCAAGUUCAUCAUCACCGCUGGCUCCAAAGUGAUCCAGAAUGAGUUCACCUUGGGGGAGGAGUGUGAGAUGGAGUUCAUGACUGGGGAGAAGAUCAAGGCGGUGGUUCAGCUGGAAGGUGAUAAUAAACUGGUGACAACUUUCAAGGGCAUCAAGUCUGUGACUGAAUUCAGCGGUGACACUGUUACCAGUACCAUGACGAAGGGCGACAUUGUCUUCAAGAGAGUCAGCAAGAGAAUUUAG